AUGCGUUUCUUCGCGCUUGCACCCUUGCUUGCUCUCGCGUCCUUCGUCGUCGCCCAUCCCGGUGACGAGGACCACGAACACCCAGCCAGCAAUGAGGAACUCAUCGCUCGCAACAUCGCCGUCGAGGAGAGCAAGAUGGCUGCCCGCAAGUGUGCUCCCCAGAUCGCUGAAUACGAGGCUCGCCGCAUCGAGAAGCGAAACAAGUUGAUGAGGAGGCAAGGCACCGGCACCUUCACCGCUCCUACCCCCCGUAUCACUUCCAUCCAGGAUAACUCUUGCGUUCUCCACCCAGAGACGAUCGAGGGCCCCUACUACAUCAGGAACGAGUUCGUCCGCAGUGAUGUCCGAGAGGACCAACCAGGCGUCACCCUCGUCCUCGACGUCGGUGUCAUCGACAGCAGGACCUGCCAACCCUACCCCAACGCCUUUGUUGAGAUCUGGGCUGCCAACGCCACUGGCGCGUACGGAGGAUACACUGGCCCAUGGGGUCUCCCCACCCGCAUCAAGGAGGACACCUGGCUCCGUGGCGGUCUCUUCACUAACAAGAACGGUAUGGUCGAACUCGUGACCAUCUACCCCGGCUACUACAGCGGUCGCACCACCCACAUCCACACCAUGGUUCACGGCGGUAACUGGCAAACGAGGUCCAACGGUACUUUCGUCUCUGGCUCGGGAUCCGUCAACCACAUCGGUCAAUUCUUCUUCGACGAGUCGUGGAAUGACCAGGUCUUCCGCACCCACCCUUACACCACCAACACCGUCCCCCGAACCCUCAACAGCCGUGACUGGAUCAUGCAGCAAGCUGGUCCAGGUGCUGUCGUCAAGCUCCAAUACCUCGAGGGUCAGGACAUCAACAAGGGUCUGUUGGGUUACAUCACCGUCGUCGUCAACGGUGGCGCUAACUACCGAAUCCAAAACAACAACGCCCUCCGAUAA